AUGUCGUUUCUCACCCACCUGUUGGCCUGCCUCUUCGGUACUGGCUCCUGGGUGUCCAUCAACGGCCUGUGGGUGGAGCUUCCCCUGAUGGUGCCUCAGAUUCCUGAGGGUUGGUACCUUCCAUCUUACCUCUCCGUCCUCAUCCAGAUGGCCAACGUUGGGCCGCUCUUUGUCACUCUGAUGCAUCACUUCCGUCCAGGAGCGCUGAAUGAGACAGUGGUCAUCUAUGCUAUUGUCACUUUGGGAACUGUGGCAAGCUUCCUGCUGGCUUUCUUCUGGAAGGAGACCGUAGUGGUGGCAGGUGUCCCACGCAGUGUAGCCCUCCUUGUUUUAACCUUCUUCCUUGCUAUUGUUGACUGCACCUCCUCUGUCACCUUUCUGCCCUUCAUGAUGCGUCUCAGGCCGCAGUAUCUCACCACAUACUACAUUGGUGAGGGAGUGAGCGGCCUGCUGCCUGCACUGGUGGCUCUGAUCCAGGGCGUUGGGGUUGUCCACUGCAUAAACGGCACACAGUCACUGAAUAACACCCUGAAUACCUCCAACAGCACCAUGUCCUUUGACGUCCAUGCCCAAUACCAGCCAGCCAACUUCUCAGUUGAGGUGUUUUUCAUUUUUCUGAGUGUCAUGAUGCUGGUGUGCUUGGUGGCGUUCCUGCUGCUGAACUACCAUCCCUCUGUGGCCAGGGAGCAUUCCAGUGGCCGUUACACCAAUGGAGAGAGAGAUCAAUCACUUCAGAAACACAGCAAGAGGGCGGAGCAGAAGCUGAUGUUGGAUUCUUUCAGAGCUGAGAACCAGAAGUGCAGAAGCAGCUUCGGCAGUGGAGCAUACAGCUGGGUGCAGGUGUUUUACAUCUUUGUGAUCCUGGGCUGGACGAACGCACUGACCAAUGUGGUGCUUCCCUCGGUGCAGUCUUACGCCUGCAUGCCAUAUGGGAACAAGGCCUAUCACCUGUCAGCCACCAUGGCUGCCGUUUCCAAUCCGCUAGCCUGCUUCAUUGCAAUGUUCUUCCCAGUAAGAUCACUGCUGCUGAUGGGAGCACUCACAGUCUUUGGCAGUGGACUUGGAGCGUACAUUAUGGGUAUGGCAGUACUGAGUCCAUGUCCACUGCUCGUCAAUGACACGUCAGGUGCCGUCAUCAUGGUGUUUUCCUGGAUCAUCUUUGUUCUCACUUUGUCCUACGUGAAGGUGAUCAUCGGGGUGAUCCUACGGGAUGAGGGCCACAGCGCCCUCGUGUGGUGCGGUGCUGUGGUGCAGCUGGGCUCCCUUCUGGGUGCUGUGACCAUGUUUCCAGUGGUCAGUGUGUUUGGUUUAUUUUUGUCAGGAGAGCCGUGCAACACAAUCUGUCCCUAGAUGAGGACAGACACUGGACACAGACACAGUAAAUACACUCCCAGCUUGAUCUUGAGUGGGAAAAUGUAAGAAACCAAUUUAUUAAGCAGUUUUUUCUUAAAUUUUUGAUUACUUUAUUGCCUGAGAACAUAAUUUUUUACACUUUCUAGUCAUUACAAAGCACACAGAUAAAGAAC